GGAGCCGGCAACUGAUAGAUGCGAGAACGAAAUCAAGGGGGGGGGGGGGUGAACAAUAGAGAGCAAACAGAAUUUAAGAUUUUAAGCCUUAGAGACGUUUGGGAACCCUGAAGACUGACUUCUUGAAGUCCUGGAGUGUGGUUGGAGAUGGGUAUAGGUCUGUACGCGAGAAGAGAUAGCUUUGGUGAAAGGAAGCUGUUGGGCGUGUAAAUAGCAAAGUUAAGAUUCUAAAAAGAAUUUAAGGUACCUACAGCUGAAAGAAGUUGGGGUACAUUUGACCCCGGGUCUUCCCAGAAGCGCGUUUCCGUUUUCUUCCGGGCCGGCUUGACCCUCCCCAGCUCCCGUAGGCUACAGGUCUGAAGUGCCCGUCAAGAUGGAAGUGAAUCCCCCCAAACAGGAGCAUCUGCUGGCGCUGAAAGUGAUGCGGUUGACUAAGCCUACUUUAUUCACCAAUAUUCCAGUAACAUGUGAAGAGAAAGAUUUACCUGGAGAUCUUUUUAACCAACUAAUGAGAGAUGAUCCUUCAACAGUAAAUGGUGCAGAAAUUUUAAUGUUGGGAGAAAUGUUGACUCUACCCCAAAAUUUUGGGAACAUAUUUUUAGGAGAGACCUUUUCUAGUUAUAUCAGCGUUCAUAAUGACAGUAAUCAAGUUGUAAAAGAUAUACUGGUAAAAGCUGAUCUUCAGACGAGUUCCCAGCGUUUAAAUCUUUCAGCAUCCAAUGCUGCAGUGGCUGAACUUAAACCGGAUUGCUGCAUUGAUGAUGUUAUACACCACGAAGUAAAGGAAAUUGGAACACACAUCUUGGUAUGUGCUGUGAGUUAUACAACUCAGGGUGGAGAAAAGAUGUACUUUAGAAAAUUCUUCAAAUUUCAGGUUCUCAAACCAUUGGAUGUGAAAACUAAAUUUUAUAAUGCAGAGAGUGACCUCAGUUCUGUGACUGAUGAAGUAUUUCUUGAGGCACAGAUUCAGAAUAUUACAACCUCACCCAUGUUUAUGGAGAAAGUGUCAUUGGAGCCAUCCAUAAUGUACAGUGUAACAGAAUUAAAUUCAGUCAACCAGGCCGGAGAAUGUGUCUCUACAUUUGGGUCCAGAGCAUAUCUGCAGCCGAUGGACACACGCCAGUACUUAUAUUGCCUAAAACCCAAGAAGGAGUUUGCAGAAAAAGCAGGCAUCAUUAAGGGAGUAACAGUAAUAGGAAAAUUGGAUAUAGUAUGGAAAACAAAUCUAGGUGAAAGGGGCAGGUUACAAACCAGCCAACUUCAAAGAAUGGCUCCAGGUUAUGGAGAUGUUAGGUUGUCUUUGGAGGCAAUCCCAGACACUGUAAACCUUGAAGAGCCUUUCCAUAUUACUUGUAAAAUAACAAACUGCAGUGAGAGGACCAUGGAUCUAGUGCUGGAGAUUUGUGACACCAGCUCUGUGCACUGGUGUGGGGUUUCGGGAAGACAGCUGGGAAAGCUGCACCCCAGCGCCUCCCUCGGCCUUGCCCUCACUCUGCUGUCUUCAGUGCAGGGGCUGCAGAGUGUCUCCGGCUUGAGACUGACAGACACGUUCCUGAAGAGAACAUAUGAAUAUGACGACAUCGCACAAGUCUGUGUGGUCUCUUCAGCCGUUAAAGUGGAAAACUAAUGAAAAUUUCCAAUGUGAUGUUUUCAUUUGGUUUCAGAGAACUGUUUUAUUUCUGUAUUUUUAUCACCUUUGUGAAAUGAUCACAUCAGUAGAACAUAUAACUUAAAUUUCUUCUCUGUAAAACAUGUAAAAUAUUAAAUGUUUGAAAAGUACAGAUUUUAUCAAGUUAAUAUUGAGUGAACAUUUCUGUAUUUUCUACAUAUAUUUCGCUUUAGAUGAACAUUAAACUCUAUUGUCGAGAAUCUUUGUAUUUGAAUGUUUGUCCCUGACAAGUGUCCAAAACAGAACUCAGCAAAUUAGAUUUGUAAAACGUCAAGGUAUCAAUUAUCCUGGGUUUUUGCCAGCAAAUCAUUUGACAUUUCCUAUCACACAGGCAGAAAGUGCUGCAGGACUUAAAAAAACAAGCACCUAGAUGGAACUUGAUGGCUUCAAUUUAGAAAAUACAGUUAUUUCUCAUAACUUUAGAAUUUUAAUACUUUUAUUCAGAUACACUUCCAUUAACUCCAGAUUUUUUCCUAGUCAACAGGAAAGAUUAGAACUAAGAUAGUCCUGUAACCUAGUUGUUUGCUAACGCACAUUUUCUACUUGUUUUCAAUAUUACAGUAUUGGCAUGUGUCUAACUUUCAGAUACUGAGCAGAUCAGAGUUGGUUUUAUUUCUUUUUUUGUUUGUUUGUUUUCUUAGGUUUUUGACUGCUUGGCUUGCUUUUAACUAAGGUGCCUACUAAUUUUCUAAUUUUAAUCUUAAAGCCACCAGGGUUUCCUUUGAGAAGUAAACUAUUUUCGUAACACAUGUUCCAAACUUGAUGAUUUUCAUUUAUUGUUGUUAAUAAUGUAAAACUUGAUCUCUCCAUCUAAUCAUAUCUAUUUACACCACUAACAAAACAGUUAAGGUUGUAAACAGCUGAGCAAUGUGAACAUAACAAUGUUUCACUAUUUUAUCAGGAACACAAAAGUUUAUAAAACCUAUUUUGAUAAAAUAAUAAUGUAUAAUGUAUCACUUCCUAAAUGUAGAGUACAGUAAAUCAAACACAAAAACUUUUUUCUUAAAUGCAUAUUUAUUGCCAUGACAAACUGUUUGGUCCAGACUGAAAGCUAUAUUCAGGAGGGUGGCCCCUCAAUCUGUAGUAUUAAUGAAAUGUCUGUGCAAAAUAAAGUGCAAGCAGUGUAAAACUGAAGCAUAUCACUCAUCCAAAAAUGAUUGAUUAAAUGAUGAAAUAAAACUUACAGUCACUGUACUGGA